UCCUACUGUUACAGCGCACUGAGUGUGGAACCUAAAACAGUUAUCCAGCCUGGAAAGAGGAAUUCACGGUGGGGAGGGACUGUACAUGUGUUUGUGUACCGCUGAAGCUUCAGCCAUGGAGAAACCCGAGGAAUCCCGCCCCGUGGAGAAAUCUUGGAAGUGUGGCGACUGUGGGAAAGGCUUCCAUGUCCUGUCUGUCCUGGAUGCUCAUCGGCGCAGUCACACUGGGGUCAGGCCAUUCUCCUGCCCUGAGUGUGGGAAGGGAUUCAGCAGUUCCUACACCCUGCUGAGGCACCAACGGGUCCACACAGGGGAGAGGCCCUUCAGCUGCUCCGAGUGCGGGAAGGCCUUCAGCAAUUCCUCUGACCUACUGAAGCACCAGCGUGUCCACACCGGGGAGAGACCGUUCGCCUGCCCAGAGUGUGGGAAGGGGUUCAGCAGUUCCUCCGCCUUGCUGACCCACCAGAGGGUCCACACAGGGGAGAAGCCCUUCAGCUGCCCCAAGUGUGGGAAGGCCUUCACCCAGGCCUUUUCCCUGCUGAGGCACCAGAGUGUCCACACAGGGGAGAGGCCAUUCACUUGCCCAGAGUGCGGGAAGGGGUUCAGCGAUUCCUCUGCCCUGCUGACCCACCGGCGGGUCCACACUGGGGAGAGGCCUUUCAGCUGCCCUGAGUGUGGGAAGGCCUUCACCCAUGCCUCCAACCUGCUGACCCACCGGUGGGUCCACACCAGGGAGAGGCCCUUCAGUUGCCCCGAGUGUGGUAAGGCCUUCAGCAAUUUCUCCCACGUGGUGAUCCACCGGCGGGUCCACUCCGGGGAGAGGCCAUUCACUUGUCCUGAGUGCGCAAAGGCCUUCAGCAAUUCCUCUGACUUACUGAAGCACCAGCGGGUUCACACCGGCGAGCGGCCCUUCAGCUGCCCUGUGUGUGGGAAGGCCUUCACCCAGUCCUGCAACUUGCAGAGGCACCAGCGGGGGCACCAGUGCUCCCAACAAUCGGAUUCUGCCAGUGAGGCUGCUGUGGGUCACCCCCAGGACUGAACCUCCUGCCCAGUCUGAUAGUGGGAGAGUUGGUGGGCUUGUUUUGUUUUCUGUUGGACUGCACCCACUCCCACAGUGGCUCAGUGGUGAGUAGCAUUGCCUCCCAGUGCCAGGGACUCAGCUUUGAUUCCACUAUUGGGGCAACUAUCUGUGUGGAGUUUGCACAUUCUCCUCCUGUGCCUGUGUGGGUUUUCUCUGGGUGUUCCGGUUUCCUCCCACAGUCCAAAGGUGUGCAGGUAGGAUGGAUUGGCGAUGCUAAAUUUUCCCAGUGUUCAGGGAUGUGUAGGUGUGGUGUAUUAGUCAGGGGAAAUGUCAAG